GUGUAGACGGGGCACUGCCUUCAGAGCAGGUCCUGCCAGCCUCGCUGGAGAGGAUGCCCUCGUGUCCGUGAUGGGCUGUGGGACAAGCAAGGUCCUUCCCGAGCCACCCAAGGAUGUCCAGCUGGAUCUGGUCAAGAAGGUGGAGCCCUUCAGUGGCACUAAGAGUGAUGUGUACAAGCACUUCAUCACAGAGGUGGACAGUGUUAGCCCUGUCAAAGCUGGGUUCCCAGCAGCAAGUCAGUAUGCACACCCCUGCCCCAGUCCCCCGACUGCUGGCCACACGGAGCCUCCCUCAGAACCACCACGCAGGGCCAGGGUAGCUAAGUACAGGGCCAAGUUUGACCCACGUGUGACAGCUAAGUAUGACAUCAAGGCCCUAAUUGGCCGAGGCAGCUUCAGCCGAGUGGUACGUGUAGAGCACCGGGCAACCCGGCAGCCAUAUGCCAUCAAGAUGAUUGAGACCAAGUACCGGGAGGGACGGGAGGUGUGUGAGUCGGAGCUGCGUGUGCUGCGUCGGGUGCGUCAUGCCAAUAUCAUCCAGCUGGUGGAGGUGUUCGAGACGCAGGAGCGGGUGUACAUGGUGAUGGAGCUGGCCACUGGUGGAGAGCUCUUCGACCGCAUCAUUGCCAAGGGCUCCUUCACCGAGCGUGACGCCACACGGGUGCUGCAGAUGGUGCUGGAUGGCGUCCGGUAUCUGCACGCACUGGGCAUCACACACCGAGACCUCAAACCUGAGAAUCUGCUCUACUACCAUCCAGGCACUGACUCCAAGAUCAUCAUCACCGACUUUGGCCUGGCCAGUGCUCGCAAGAAGGGUGAUGACUGCUUGAUGAAGACCACCUGUGGCACGCCUGAGUACAUUGCCCCGGAAGUCCUGGUCCGCAAGCCCUACACCAACUCAGUGGACAUGUGGGCGCUGGGCGUCAUUGCCUACAUCCUACUCAGUGGCACCAUGCCGUUUGAGGAUGACAACCGUACCCGGCUCUACCGGCAGAUCCUCAGGGGCAAGUACAGUUACUCUGGGGAGGUGAGUCUGUGCUGCCCUGUCCCGGCAUGUUGGGGAGGCACCUGCGGGCGCAGGUAUUUCCUGCAGCUCUCAGUCAGUGGUACGUCCUCAGGGCCAUGCUCAUGAGGGCCAGGCAGGUCAUGUAAAAGGGACAAAGUGAGACUAUCACAAUGUAGUUUGGGUUCCCUCAAGGUGAGCCCUGGGACAAGGACUUGGGAGCAGAUAGUUUAUUUAGGAUGUGAUUUGAGUAACUGCAAGGGAAGUAAUGGGGAAAGCGAGGCAGGAAAGGGAGAAAGUCAGUAGAGUAUAUUGAGAAGUGGCUGCCACUGUGGGCCACUGGAGACCAUGGUAAUAACCAUGUGGAACGUGCCUCACAGUUGUACCACCGAAGAGCAGG